UCUCUAGUCUGGAACUCCAUCAGGUUGAUGGUUUGUUGUUGUUCACAUUGAUUGGAAGGGGAAAUUGAAGUUUAUUUGUGAUUUUUGUUUGAAAUUCCGUCGAUUUGAUGUUGAAUCGUGCAAGUAGAUCUUGAUCAGUCAGUGUGUUGUCAAUUUUGGUUGGUUACGCAACGAUUGAAGUUCAAUUUUGCUGUUCAAUUGCGUUUGGAACCGUCUGUAAGGUUUGAAGAAAGAUGAGUUGAAGAUAGAGGUUGCUAUCGGAAGUCUUGGCUAACGAAUCUAGGUUGAGUUAAGUAGUAUCGCUGUUCGUUCGCUCGACAAUGCUGGAUUUAAUCUGAUGGACUUCUGAAUUGGUUGCGGGGGAUAAUUGUGAUUGAGAUUGACCUUAGUUUUAAUCGAGAGUUCUGAACCAGACCAUGGCGCAGAGUAGCUGGGAAGCUGAUAAGAUGCUGGAUGUUUACAUCCAUGACUAUUUGUUGAAACGGAAGUUGCACGCAUCUGCCAAAGCUUUCAUGACUGAAGGGAAGGUUGCUACAGAUCCUGUAGCUAUUGAUGCUCCUGGUGGAUUUCUCUUUGAAUGGUGGUCUGUCUUUUGGGACAUUUUUAUUGCUAGGACGAAUGAGAAACAUUCUGAGGCAGCUGUAGCUUACAUUGAGACACAGCAAAUGAAAGCAAAGGAACACCAACAACAGCUCCAAAUGCAGCAGAUGCAUCUCAUACAACAACGAAAUGCUCAAUUGCAAAGGAGGGAUCCUAAUCAUCCUCCCCUUGGCGGUACCGUUAAUGCUAUGAACACUGAUGGAUUGAUGGGAAAGCCGUCAGCCAGUACACUGGGUAUGAAAAUGUAUGAGGAACCCAUGAAGCCUUCUCAUUCUAUGGAUUCAGAAACCUCUCCAGCUCUUCUUGAGGCUAGCAGGAUGGCCCUUCUCAAGCCAGCCACUAAUCAUCAAGGACAACUGGUACAAGGCAAUUCUCCAAAUAUGUCAGCAAAUUUACAGCAAAUACAAGGGAGAUCUCAGAUGAACACGGAAAUUAAACAAGAAGUUAACAUGGGUAAUACACAGAAACUCUUGCCCUCAGAUCCUUCUUCAAUUUAUGGACAGGCCAUUUUACAGUCAAAAUCUGGAUUGGGUGGUGCAGGAUUGAAUCAAGGUGUUACUGGUCUUCCCUUAAAGGGUUGGCCUCUGACUGGAAUUGACCAAUUACGCCCUGGUUUAGGUCUGCAAGUACAUAAACCCAAUUUGCAGAACCCAAGUCAGUUUUAUUUGGCAUCACAACAACAACAGGCAUUAGCACAUGCCCAGGCACAAGGCAACCUUGGAGCAUCACCAAAUUAUGGAUUUGUCGGACUACCAAGGGGUAAUUUAAUUAUGAAAGAUGUCCAAGCCUCAAGAAAUGAAGGAUCUGUAGGCUCCCCUGGGCAAAUGAAUUCACCCAAGAUGAAGAUGCCGCAGAUGCAACAAUCUUCUUGCCAACAACAACAAGACCAGUUGCAGCAACAGCAACACCAGCUGCAACAACAACAGAACAAUAGAAAACGAAAACAACAUUCUUCGUCUGGACAAGCYAACAGUACAGGUACAGGAAAUACAGUAGGCCCUUCACCAAGCUCUCCAGCAUCAACUCAUACCCCAGGUGAUGGGGUAACCACAGCUAGCAGUCUGCAGCAUGUGAACAGUGUACAGAAAAGCAUGAUGAUGUAUGGUGCAGAUGGAACGGGUGGGAUUGCUUCCUCUACGAAUCAGCUGGAUGACAUUGAGCACUUUGGGGAUGUUGGCGCCCUUGAUGAUAAUGUGGAAUCUUUUCUGCAACAAGAUGCAGGAGACUAUGGCACAGUAAAGCAGACACUUACUGAGCACAAGACUGGGUCUUCCAAAGGUUUUUCGUUUGGGGAAGUUGGUUGUAUACGGACAAGAAAUAAGGUCACAUGCUGUCACUUCUCUUCAGAUGGGAAGUUGCUAGCUAGUGCUGGCCACGACAAAAAGGCUGUUUUGUGGAAUAUGGAUACCUUACAAACUGAGAGCACCCCUGAAGAACAUCAGUACGUAAUUACUGAUGUUCGGUUUAGACCAAAUUCAACCCAGUUAGCAACUGCUUCCUUUGACAAGUCUGUGCGGAUAUGGGAUGCAGCUAAUCCAAGCUAUUGUUUGCAUGCACAUACCGCGCAUACAUCACAUGUUAUGUCCCUCGAUUUUCAUCCCAAGAAGAACGACCUUUUCUGCUUCUGUGAUAGUAGCAACGAAAUUCGCUAUUGGAACCUCAGCCCAUUCCAGUGCACUCGCCUCUCUAAGCAAGGAGGCAGUGCACAAGUGCGAUUCCAGCCGGUAACUGGACAUUUACUGGCAGCAGCAUCAGAUAAAAUUGUCUCCAUCUUUGAUGUUGAAACUGAUAGACAAACGCAUUCCUUCCAGGCACAUUCAGGAGUAGUAAACUACGUGUGCUGGGAUUUGAACGGUGAAUAUCUGGCUUCUGUAAGUGAGGAAUCUGUGAAAGUGUGGUCGUUAGCCUCUGGAGAGUGUAUUCAUGAGCUCACUUCAAAUGGAAAUCAGUUCCAUUCUUGUGUUUUCCAUCCAAGUUAUUCUACUCUUUUGGUUAUUGGCGGAACUCGAUCGUUGGAGCUGUGGAACAUGGCUGAGAACAAGCGGAUGACGGUUCCAGCUCACGAAACCAUAAUAGCCGCUUUAGCACAGUCGCCUGUUACUGGAAUGGUUGCUUCUGCGAGUCACGACAGUUCUGUUAAGCUAUGGAAAUAAGUCUGUUCCUUUCUCAGAGCUCUGCCACUUCCAAUGCUGCUGAUGAACUGAUCAGUGUGCAGUUAUUCGUAAGCCUUUAUAUAGAAGUUGUAACUUUUUUUAUGAGUGAAUUUUCGCUAUCAAUAGUUUAUAUCCGCGUUAAUUAGGAGUAAGGUCAAGGGUAGCWGCUAGCAUGUAUAUUUUUAGCAACCAUUUUCGUCUUCUAACACACUCACGCUUAAUAAUUUUACCAUCCGGGUUUUCUGGAUCGUU